CUGGAAGCGGAACUGUUGAAACAGAGAGAGGCUAUUGAAGCUGCUAAGACAGUGCAUGAACUAGAGCUCGCCCGUCUAGGACAAGGCCGUAACGAUAUCGAACGUGCUGACGUGAGAGAGGAUAGGGCCAAGGCACCCAAGCUUCCCUCAUUUGUUGAUGGCAAGGACGACUUGGAUGCUUACCUACAACGAUUUGAGAGAUUCGGAACAACAGCUAAAUGGGAGAAGACAGGAUGGGCUUCGAAACUUAGUGCUCUUUUGCCUGGACGUGCCCUAGAGGUUUAUUCGCGAUUAUCUGAGGAAGCAGCCCAAGAUUAUGACCGAGUGAAGUUAGCUUUGAUGCAGAGAUAUGACCUUACAGAGGACGGCUAUCGUCGUAAAUUUAGAGCAUCAGAGCCGGAAGUUGACGAGAGUCCUGAGCAGUUUAUAGUGAGACUGGAUAGAUACUUGUCGCGUUGGCUAGAACUGUCGAACACUGAACGAUCGUUUGAAGGCCUGAAAGAUUUAAUUGUGAAAGAA